AUGAGCAGCGUUGGGGCUGCAUCGCGGGCCUUUCUCUACUGCUUCAACAAGGUCGAGGUCACCGGCCUGGACAACCUGCUCGGCGUGCUGGACCGGCGCAGAAGCGGCCAGCGGGAUCGCGGCCUGUUGACUGUUUGCAACCACGUCUCCGUACUCGAUGAUCCCUUAAUAUGGGGCAUUCUCCCGCUGCGCUACGCCGUCGAUGUCGAGAAUCUGCGCUGGGGUCUCGGUGCCCACGACAUCUGCUUCAAAAACCGCUUCUUUUCUACCUUCUUCAGCUAUGGCCAGGUGCUGCCGACCCAUCGAUUGUGGCACUCGCCGCAGGGAGGCUUGUACCAACCCACGAUAGCCCAGGCAGUCAAGCUUCUCUCCAGCCCUUCGUCCGUCAUCAAACCAUCCGACAUGACCUUCUCUACAACCGGCUCAGACUCCUUCGUCUCCCCCUCUAUCUAUGCCGCCAACCGCCACGCCUGGGUCCACAUCUUCCCCGAAGCCUGCUGCCACCAGAACCCCGAAAGCACCCUGCGCUAUUUCAAAUGGGGCGUAUCCCGCCUGAUUCUCGAGAGCGAGCCGGCCCCCGAGUUCGUCCCCAUGUUCAUUCACGGCACACAGGACAUCAUGCCCGAGGAGAGAGGGUUUCCACGUUUCCUGCCGCGCAUUGGCCAGCGGAUACGGGUAAUGAUUGGAAAACCAGCCGAUUCGGAAAGUCUCUUUGGCCACUAUCGCACUGCCUGGAAGCGACUGGUUGAGAAGAAGAGCGGUGACCCGGAUCUCCUGAAGCAUGAUCCCGAGGCUGUGCAGCUCAGGAUUGACGUUGCAAAGGCGGUUCGUGAUGAAAUUCAGAAGCUUAGGCUGAGCAUGGGCUUCGCCCCUGACGAGGACGAAACGGCCGCCCUCGCGGAUACGUGGUCCAAGGAGCCAAACAAACGUAAAUUCAAAAGCCCCGUAGAUGGUAGUCUUGUCAAUAGGCACUAA